AUGAACUGUACCUGUAGACGGCAACGGGAUUCGUCUCAUGACAUCACCGUCCAUUGUGCUGUUGACACACCACAUGUCCACAUUGUCAGACCGGGAGGGCUGGAACUGCACUCACGCUUCACCCCUAUGACUUCCCUGCUCUGCCUCCUCGCCGUUGUUCCUCUGGUAUGGGGCUUCAACUUGGAUCCUCGACACGCCGUCGUACUGGACGAUCCGGAGUCUGACCGUGGAAGUUACUUCGGAUACGCUCUGGGCUUCUGGAGACAAUCCAAAGGAAUUAACACUACUUGGCUGGUGGUAGGAGCGCCUCAGGCCCAGGAAGAAGGUUUGAAGGGCGAGAGAGUUCGACAACCUGGCGCUGUCUACAAGUGUAACCUCACCGACCUAGACAGGACAAGGUGCUACAAACUGUCUAUUCUCAGCAAAGAGGAUAGACAAGAACAAGAUCUGCGAUGGAGGUGGAAAAUCGUCAACAUUCCCAAGAGAGCGUGGUUAGGAGCGACAAUCACAACGGAAAACCAACCCAAUGGAGCAGUGGUGGUUUGUGCUCCCAGGAUGAAGCAGAUGGUCAUGAAAGAUACUUGGUUUAUUCCUGGAAUGUGUUUCUAUUGGAAAACCGAUGACUUGAUACUACCAUUGGUUCCCUUAGAAACAGCUGCAGCAUACCGAUAUGGAACUAAUUAUCGUAAGAAUGGAUUCCUCAUCGGCCUAGCCCAGUCAGGAAUGUCAGCUCACUUUGUCGAGAACUCAACAACAAGUCAGCUAGUAGUUGGAGCUACUGGGGUGGGAUAUUUUACAGGAGCGAUGAAUGUUUAUGAACAAGAUCAACCCUUCAGCCAAGUAAUUCCUUCGCUUCAUGCACCAACAUUACCAACUGUGUCAUAUGACAGCUAUUUGGGCUACUCAGUGUCUUCAGCCAAACUCCACAUUGAUGGAAGAGUCAGCUAUUUGGCUGGAGCUCCGAGAGAUAAAGGACAGGAUUACUACACAGGGGUUUCUCCUGGAGAUUAUGCGGAAGAUUGGAGUGUGCAUAGCUGGAGUUCUAAUGUUCUUAACUCUACAGAGUUUUAUGUCUAA